AUGUCCUCGUUUGAUGGCUUAUCGCGAGAAGAGUUGAUGCAAAAGGUCGUGGAGCUCCAGCAGUGCUUGGCCGAACUCUCAGAGAAGGUGGACACCGUGAAGGGUGAGAACACCCAGCUGAGAGAUGAAAAUAAUGUUCUCAAGGACUACCUGAACAACUUGAUGGCUAAGGUUGGGAAGAUGCCAAAUUUGGGAACCACCGCUCCCAGCCGUGUGAUGAUCCAGCAGAAUCCUGAUGGAGCUCAGCCCGUCAAAGUGAAUGACCAUAUCGGCGAGCUGACUGCGCCCGCCAUGGACGACUGA